AUGCGACAGCCAUGCUGCCCCACGCCGUUACUUCUACUGGCGGUGCGCGGACUGCUGCUCCUCGCGACGACGUGCUGCGUCGGUGGGUGCCUCGCCGCUGCACACCGCCGUGCGCUCGACGAGGCGGCGAUGAGGAGCGGUCCGCUGCCGACCGCGAUGGUGCGUGAGGUGCCGCGCAAGGGAGAGGGCGCGACGCAGGCGUACACCGUCGCCGCAGCGGGCGAGGGCAAGGAGUGGGAGCCCAUCCGCAUCGUGGCGUCGAUGGAGGACCUGAGCGACGCAAGUAAGUACUGCAGCAAAGCCGGAGAAAAGAAACCCGACUUCAUGGGAAAAGAGCCAGAGUGCAGGAAGGAUGAAGUACUGACCGCGGAUUGGAACAAAACCCUGGUGAACGAGGUCAUCCCUGUGGCUGUCAAGCUGCACGCGGAGCGUCUGCUCGUUGGGCGUCUGAAGACCCCGCUGAAGGUGCCCAAGUUCACAGAGAAGCAUGGGUUU